UUUUUCUUCAAUUUUAAACAUUUCUUCUUCGGAUAUGUUGACGGGUUUGUUUCGUUUCACAAGAUAAAAGAGAAGUUGUUUCGAUUCUUAAAGCUUUGGACUUUGAUUUUAGGGUUUCGUUGAUUCUUAACUCUUUUGGAUUCCUUAAAGAUCAGUUCUUUCGUUGCUCAUGAUCGAAUUAGAUUUGCGUAUUAGCUGAUACUGUAUAUUGUUAUCCGAUGACGAGUAGGGUAUAUAGAAAGACGAACGUUUUCUGAUGCAUCAUAGAGAAAGAUUUGCGUCUUAGCUUCUUGAUUAUAACUACGGAUUGUGUAAGUUCGAAUGUGUAUCUUUUAGUUUCGAUCCAUUGCAUUCUACUCCUUCAACUACUUCCCCACAGAUCACACCAGCAUUGCCUUUCAUCCCUUGGGUCGUGAUGGCAAUGAGAACCCAAGGAGGAGAUGAGGCGGUCAUUCAUAUACUCAACCGUACCCGUGAACUUUACAAGCGCAGAAUCCAAGAAACCGCUAGUAUAGAUCAGCUGGCUUCUAUAUUUGCUGAGUGUGCCAUUACAGAAGCACAGCCGCUUGGGCACGAGCCGAUAUCAACAGACUUAUUUGGUACUAAAGAAAGAGUUACAGCGGAUGCUCGUGGCAUAUCUAUUCUGGAGAAAAGCGGGAGGUCGCAGAUCAUGCUUGAUGCCUUUGCUGACGGAAGCAGCUUUAUUUGUUUGCAGUGCGGUGGUCUGGUGAGCACUCAUAGGAGAGAUGAACACUAUGCGUACUGGUGUAGCAAUAUGUGAAACACACGGAUGCUCUUGUUUUGUUGGGCAUGACAUGAGAAGCUAAUGGUAUGUUGCUUCUUGCUUGUAACAUCUGGGUGUUAAUUGUUGUUGUUGUUGUUGAUCUUUGAAGGCAAUGGGAGAUGUAUAACACUUACAGAAUCUGUCUCAUACAUUAGCAUCCUAGACUUGUAAUGUUUCUGAUGCUUAUCAAUAAAAGCUUCAAGAAAAGACAUUGAAUGAUAUCUCUCUGAGUCUUUGGUUCA